ACCUCCCCUUUAAACGCCUCAGCUCUCUCCCUCUCGUUCACUACAUCCAGACGCGUUCAGACGAGCUUCAUGUUCUUCUCGUCUAUUUUCCAGCGGUGUGCGCGUUCUUCAUCAGAUUAUCGGCGCGUGUGCUGUUGUCCUCGUGCAACGUUGUAACAUUCGUCUGGAGUUCCACGAUAAUUUAAUGCUGGAUUCAAAAACAGGUGUUGAGAACAUCAAGAUCAUUGCCGUCCAUGGACCACCUCCAAAUCCAGGUGGGCAUAUCCAGGGACCGACUUCGUUUGAGGACCACAUUCCUGCCUUUGAAUUGAAACAUGAAUUCAGUGCAUUAUCCCCAAGAUCCCUGACCUCAUUAUAGGUCACCGUUGGACAUUUUAAGGACCAUUGGAGUCUUUGUGUCCUUCACUGUUGGAUAUUCACGAACAGAAUAGAAUGGCAAAGUGGUUAAAGGAUUAUUUAAGUUUCGGGAGCAAACGAGUUCCCCCGCAACCGCCAAAACCAGACUACACCGAGAGUGAGAUAUUGAAGGCGUAUCGUGCUCAGAAGAACCUUGACUUUGAAGACCCUUAUAAAGAUUUUGAGAACAGGGCUAGAAAUGACAAUGGGUCGACUGAAACGUCCCACAUAGGUUUCGGCUCUCCUCUGAAAUCCUCAAGUCUGGAUAUCAAGGUUGUUUCACCGAAACAUCGCCUUAUAAAAGUGGACUCGCAAGACCUGGGACGGAGCAAGAUUCUCCUAAGCUCUGUUUCUUUAGAGGAACCAAGCGAUCCGGUGGUCCCUUCAGCUCCAGUUAUGGGAGAUACUGACUACUCCGACCCAUUCGAUGCUCGUUUGGACCCGUGUCCCGAAACCACCCAAAGCCAAAUCACUCCAGAAAACAAUGGCUACAUGGAGCCCUACGAGGCCCAGAAAGUGAUAACUGAACUGCAGAGGAGAGCUGGUGGUGGAGCGGGAGGUUGGGGGAGAGGGGAGGUCCAGCUCUAUGACACCCCAUAUGAGGAGCGCGUCCCAGGGCAGCAGGAUCUGCCCGAGGAGGGGAGGGAGAGCAGUCUGCCGCAGGACGACGAGAGGCCUGCAGACGAAUACGAUCAGCCGUGGGAGUGGAAGAAGGAACACAUCUCCAAGGCUUUUGCAGAUAUGAAAGAUCUGACUGAGCUGCCAUGGCCUCCUCCGGUCGGACAGCUGGAGGAGGAGCUCAUCUGUGGCGAGCAAGUACAGUUUGAAGGUGCUGAGUGGGACCGUUCCUGUUCUCCCACAGAGCGCCUGAGGUGUUCCAGGCCUCUGCCAACCACAGGCAGCAUGAAGCUACGCAAGCCCAGCGAUCCUCAUUCCAUGAUCGGAGAGAGAGUGGAUCCCACCCUGCCCCUGGAGAAACAAGUAUGGUAUCACGGCGCUCUCUCGCGCUCUGAGGCCGAGUCUCUGCUGACCCUCUGUAAGGAGUGCAGUUAUUUGGUACGAAACAGUGAGACCAGCCUCUUGGACUUCUCUCUCUCUCUGAGGAGCUGCCAGGGAUUCAUGCACAUGAAGUUCAGCCAGUCCAAAGACGGCCGCUAUAUCCUGGGCCAGAACAGCCCUCCAUUCGACACCAUCCCUGAAGUGAUCCACUAUUACACCACACACAAACUCCCCAUCAAAGGAGCCGAACACUUGUCCUUGCUCUUCCCUGUGCUAGUUCAGACACUCUGAUUGGUCAGAGCACUGCUAUGGGUGGAAACAUACAGCCAAGAGAUAUUCCAUUGAGUUCUUGGAUGAACGUUGCACAAAAUCAGCAACAAUGUACACAAACUUUUUGGUCCCUUUAUGUUUUUGAUUUUACAACACCAUCCGUUUAAGGACAUCGACUUCUAAACUAGACAUGUCAGAUCAAAUAGAUCUAUUCACAUGCUAUUUCACAUUCUUGUUAAUAACACAGUUUUUCAUCUCACCGAAUGACCCUUCUGUGAACUAUACCAAACUGGUGGCAGCAAGACCUGUUGCUUGUAGAGUCAUCUGGAAUAGCCACCGCUAAUGAUUAUUUAUCGAUUAGCAGCCUCUUAGGAUGAGCAGACGGGCCUCUCUAUUUUUAUAGCUGCUGUUAAAGACAUUUCCACAUGGCCAUUUAUGACUACCUGCUCUUUAAAGUUUGUAAAGCCUUUUGUUUCUAGUACGGCCCUUGAGACCACACACAAAUGUUUGGUCCAUUCAAGACAAUAGUCCUCAGAGGGCCCUUUUAAUUCCUACAUUGUCUUUGCUAGACUUUGUCACUGUGGCUGGUCAUAGAUCAAGUGCAUGUUGGCAACUUGUGUUGAGGAAAGUAGCUGAUUCGAACUGAUGAAGUCAGUGAUGUGGUGUAAUUGGUAUAUUAGGUCACCGGUACAGUACAAUGUUUCAAAAUGUGUUUCUGUAGCUGCUGUUUUAAACUGAUUUAUAUGUGUUGUAUAAUAAACUUUCUAAAGAGAA